GGUGGGUGGGGUCACACCGCUCGCUUCGCCUGCCGCUGCCACUGUGUGGUGUGUCGGUCCGCGCAGUUGUUAUCACGCACAGGGUGUGGAUGAUACACACACACACACCGAUAUAGUAAUCGUUGUUUAGUCGGGUGUUUGUACGGGGUGAGGUGGCGGGCAGGCGGGCGGGUAUAAUGUUUGAUUGUCCCAGUAAAGCUUCCUGUUAGAAUGCCGCUGUUCACGAUGUUGGUUUGGUCGAUGUUGAUGCAGAUGGAACGUGCCAUAGGGGGAUAGAAAGACGCGUGUGUAUUGUGGAGGUGUGGGAGUUGUCGGGGUGGAAGCCACCGCUAAGCGGAUUAUUAAGUCUGCUGCGGCCUCCCAAAGCGAAACGAGAAGCCGGACGGGGCAGCCUUAGGCCACAGAGGGACUGUCAACAACAUCAACAACAUCAACAACAUCAACAACAACAACAUUGUCAACAACAUCUUCAGCAUCUUCAUCAGCAGCAGCGAGAAGAAGGCCAAGAGUGAACAUGGACGAAGCCGGCGACGGCAGCGCGGAACGGGAACCGUCGGUCGACAAAGACCACGGAUGGGAUGAAGGACUUUCUUCGGACCACCGUGACCAUCUACAACAGCCACAUGGUAAUGAACAACACGAUGAACAACAACAACAACAACACGAUGAACAACAACAACACAAUCACCAGCAGCAGCAACAACCCGAUCGUCAACAACAACAACCAUACGACCAGCAGCAACUCCAAGAUCAUCAACUUCACCAGGGCGAUCAUCCGACAGAGCAUCGCGAUGGUCCACUACAGCACGACCAUCAACAACAACAGCAUCAACAACAACAACCUGAACCGCAGCAGCAUCAUCACCAGCAGCAGCACGAGUACGACGAACUCCACGGUCACAGCCACGACCACGACGACGUCCACUUCCAACCAGAUAACAACGACCACGUUCACCGCGACCACUUUCACCGCCACCCGCCGGGAUUCCCCGUGCGCCUCGUCGCCGGCUCCGACUCGAGUGCCGACGGGGAGAGGCAGCCGUUGCUGUCGCCCCAACACCGCCGGGGCAGUCGCGGCGUGGAGCCGGCGAGCCUCGUCAACGUCUUCCCGCGCGACCCCGAGUUCACCAAAGUGAUGGGCGACGUGGAGGCGGCCGUGGACGCUGGCGUGUACCCAGAGAGGAUCCUGCAAGGCUCGAGCGGCAGCUACUUUGUCAAGGACAUCAGCGGGAAAGUGGUUGGGGUGUUCAAGCCUAAGGAUGAGGAACCGUACGGACACCUGAACCCCAAGUGGACCAAGUGGGUUCACAAAAACUGCUGCCCAUGCUGCUUUGGCCGUGGCUGCCUGGUGCCCAACCACGGCUACCUCUCCGAGGCUGGCGCCAGCCUCGUGGACCAGAAGCUUGAGCUGAACGUGGUCCCCAAAACCAAGGUGGUGCACCUGGCAUGCAAGACGUUUUACUAUGGGCCAAUCGACCGCUGCAAGUCUCAGGGAAAGAAGUUCACCAUGGAGAAGAUUCCAUCCGUCGGGCGCAUGUUUCGGAGGGUGGGAUUGCCGCCCAAGGUGGGCUCGCUUCAGCUCUUCGUGGACGGCUACAAGGACGCCGACUUCUGGCUGCGGAGGUUCGAGACGGAGCCACUGCCCGAGAACACGCGCAAGCAAUUCCAGCUGCAGUUCGAAAGGCUCGUGGUCCUCGACUACAUCAUACGCAACACAGACAGAGGCAACGACAACUGGCUCAUUAAGUACGACUGCCCCGUCUCUGACAACCGCGACUCGGACUGGCUGAUGGUGAAGGAGCCUGUAAUAAAGAUCGCUGCUAUUGACAAUGGCUUGGCAUUCCCUUUCAAGCACCCGGACUCGUGGAGAGCUUAUCCGUUUUACUGGGCUUGGCUACCCCAGGCCAAGGUGCAGUUCUCACAAGAGAUCCGGGAGCUGGUGCUGCCAAAGCUGGAGGACACGAGCUUUGUGCAGGACCUCUGCCACGAUCUCUUUGACCUGUGCAAGGAUGACAAAGGCUUUGAUAAACACACCUUCGAUAAGCAGAUGUCAGUCAUGAGAGGCCAGAUCAUGAACCUUGAACGAGCGUUGCACGAAGGCAAGACGCCCCUGGACCUUGUCAACAUGCCACACAUUGUCGUGGAGUCGGCCUCUCGCUCACGAAGCACCAGCUUCAUCCAGAUCAUCCGCAGCAAGCCCUUCUUCUCAUCCUGGUGACCGCAGCCGCCCCAUCACGACGCACGUUAUCUGCCACCACUGCUCCUCCAUGCCCUCCCCUUCUGCCCUUCCCCCCCCCAACUAAUGGCACGGAUGCCACAGAAGCAGCAUCCUUCUUGCCUAUGCAUUCCCAGCGCAAGCUAAAGUGCCGUGUGGCGCGCACGAUUGCACCUUGCCAGGCGGCGUCGUUAAUAGGUGGAGCCCAUUAGUGGAGGGAUGCCCCCGCUCUCCUGGUAAAUUUGUCCUGGAGAAAUGGUCGCGCCAGGUUUAAUUCUCGUGCGUGCGGAAAGGGCGUGGGUCAUCCUGAGGACCACACAGUUGUGGCACCAAACCCGGUGAAUACGAGCGCUUAGCAGGGCUGGGGUAUACAGGUUUUGUUAACGAUGAGGACAAAUAGUCUGAAAUCCUUACAGCAAUUCAGUAGGAUACUGAUGCAAUUUGGAUCUACCGAGCAUCUAAAUAUGACUGCAUGUCAAGAUGCUCUGCAAUGUAGAGGUCAUUCACAUCACGGGGACCACCAAAAUGAAGAUUUAUGUUUAAGGUCAGCAGCAAUCGCAAUAACUUGGUUAAGAGAGGCAGUCAGUCCUAGACAGAGGAGAAGAUGAAGGUCUUGAGUCUGGACUCAGCAGCAGGGAGUUUGGGUGGCAGGGUGGCACAGUGUGCCUCACAGCAAGAAGGGCCUGGGUUUGUUUCUUGACUCGGGCGCCUUUGUAUGUUGAGUUUUUUUUAUGUUCUCCCUCUGUUCUGCAUGGAUCUCGUCUGGGUUCUCUGAUUUUCCUCCAGUGACUAAAAUACUACACAAUGGAACUGAUAUUGGUCGAACAUGCCAAAGCUGAAUAUUACAUGUACAAUACUCAAUUCGGAUCACACAGCAGCAACAAGCCCCCGACUGCGAAAGCUUGGCAGGACCCUCCUGAAAAGAAUUGAGACUCGGUGAGUCUUCUCUGGGUAAACUAGCAGCACAAAUGGCCAUAGGGAAAUCCUCCCACUCUCUGUCUCUGUUGGCUUUGUCAGACAAUCGGCUCCACUGUUUUUUUUUACCAAAUGCAUACCUUCAAAUAACCUUCAUGUGGUCACCACGCAUAUGGAUUUGGCGAGUGUAGCAUGGACGGUUAGUAUAGAGAAGUGUUUGAAAAUGUAAAAAAAAUAAGUUUUUGCAAUUCCUUCCGCAUAAUCUGUUGUGCCGCCUGCAUCUGUCAUUGGCACUUUCGCUAUUGCACCACUGUUUGAUUUAGAGUUACUCUUAAAUGCACAUGUUUCUUUGGAGUUCUUGAAUAUUACACUUCGGUGGCCUGCAGUUUUGCCAGUGAAAAGACAUUUUGUCUGCUGUUCACCAAUUGGCAGACCUAUAGAAUGUAUGCAAGGCUAUCCGGCCUUAGGCAAGACAAAUAGUUUUGUAUUACACUUGAUUUUAAACAAUGUUGGAUACAGACCCCAGGUAAUAGUAUAUGUGCCUGGUACUUGUAUUUUUUUUUGUUUCCGCAAGUUUUUGUUGGAUUCAAUGCAAAUAUUUAAAUGAUUUAGUCAUAAUGAUAUAAAUGUGUCCACGGUGAUUCAUUUAAAAGGUCCACCACGUGCGAUAGAAUUCUGGGUUUGUGCCACCGCACUGAUUGGACGUCCAGCACAGUCCACAUUUGCAGGACAACCAAAAACAUCGAAGAGCGUGAUGACGCUCACCGCAUGUGAAACGUCAUUUAUCAUUGGCAACGGGAUGAGAGCCUGCGCCGCUAUAUUGAUAGGUGUCGACAGAUAUUCUUCUUGAGGACACUUGAGAUUGGCAUUGGGAGGUGAGCUUAUUUUGUAACAAGAAAAAAGUUAAUUUACAUUUUGCCGCAUCUUAAUUUGUUCACGGCGUUUCUCAGUGUGGCCUUGUAUUUGAAAUUAGCAUUACUGACUACAUGUUUACAUGUAUGCACAGUCAACAUUAAUUAUAAACGUAUUUAGUUUGCCUGUAUUGCAUCGUUGAGGGCUGGUUAAAAAAAAAUCUGUCCAAGUGUGGAACUUGAUAGUGAAUGUGCGUUACAGUUUUGAGUUCCUCUUAUCGGCCAUGUUCAACACAGGCGCUGCUAUACUUGAGUUCAACUACAUGUCCUCGUGUGCGUUUUAAGAAACAGCCCUGCUUUGAGAUGUUAUGUUAUUAAUCGCAAGGACAUUCAAACGUUCAAACAAAAAACUGACAAAACAUUUGUGAUUCGUGUUUUUUUUUCCUUUUUUAUGUUUUCGGAAAUGACGAUAGAAAAAAAUAUUGUUUGCCGCAGUGUUUUAGUCACACAGGAAGGAUGUGAAAAGAUAUUUGGUAAUGAGAUAAUUUCGUCAUGUUACACUAAGCCAGAGGUUCUCGGCCUAUGGCAUGACAGCCCCCCCCCUCAAGAACACUGGUCUCCCCAACGCCCUCACAAUUAUUUAGUGUUGCGCAGUAUUAUGUAGUCUGCAAUGCGGGGCUGGCGUUCCCCAGAGGUUCCGUUUGCGCAUCAUAAAUUAUUCCAGCCCCGUAUUCCUACCGUAGCCUGUACAAACACCCCCCGCUGAGAGGCGUUGAUGCCCUACUGGGGGCUGGAGGAGGGUGUUGACUCACGGGUUGGAGAACCUCUGCACUCAGCAAAUCGUGAUUAGAUCCAUGCGUCACAGUCAAUUACCAAUCGUUCUAAUUGCAUUCAAAUUAUGUGCUAAUGUUCAAUGCAGGCUGAUGGUGAGCGGGGGGGGGGGGGGGGGGGAAACGUGAAAUUGGAAGGAAAAAGCAGAAACAAUUCAUGAUAUGGCAAAAAACGUGAACAAAAAAACCCCCAAUCAACAUUUGAAUAAAACAGCAGCCUUGAAUUGUAACCACUCAUUUAUUAAUUAAAAACCUUUGGCCAUUGGGUAGGGCAGCUACAUAAUAAAAUGAAAUUUGAACAGAAAAUUUCACCUUUAAAUAUCUUAACAUUCAAGAGAUGUGAAAAUGUAACUUCAAAUGUGCUGACAAUAUGGCACGUGUUCCUCUAAAGAUAUUGCUUGAAUUGUAAUUUUUUUUGCAUCCGUUGAGUUACGCAAAUGGACGCUUAUGGCACGAGUCCUCUGCUUACGUGAAUGGUGUAAGACUUUUGCUUAGGAUUACCUUUGUUUUUGCUGUUGUCUUCUUUAUUAUUACUACUACUGUGUUGUCUGAAAGAGCUCGGUUAAUUAGUGACUGCAGUUUACGAGGGUUUUUUGUUUAACGAUGAGCCACGUCGCACCGUGGUUCAAUGUGGCGAUGGAAUAGCCCGUCGAAUGCACUUGAAUAUCCGCGUUGUGAAUGACGCGAGCUGACCCUUGCCUGGCAGCCUCCACCACCCCGCACGGGCCGCGGGACGCGCGGUCGAGAUUCGAGCCGCCCUUGAUGACCCCCCCCCCCCGUCAUCGAUGUGUGUUGCGCGCUUCCAUAACGUCCGUCAAUAAAAACGUGACAGCUGAGCUGGCCUCACUUAACGCA